UACAAACUUCCUUGCCUGUUUAAAGAUUUUAUCUCACACGAAGCCGGGACCAACGGAGAGCAUACCUUGCACAACAGAAAAAUAAAACGAGUCCCAGGCUAGACCAAGGGCUGCAUUCACUAAGAUAGCGGAUGACAUGGCUUUUGUGAACAAGUCGACCGAUGUUGGGAUCGAAAUGCACGAGCAAAGCAAGCAUUCUACUAGGAAUGGGCUCCUUUUGCGCUGGCUUGUGGCAGGGACACUACUGAACCUCUGCUUCACAUCCAUCGCAGUAGGUUUGACCGUGUUUUACGCUCAGAAGGAGCUGCAGUCGUUCGGGCUACGACUAGCGAGCUACGAGGAGCGACUGACUGCAGUAGAGGAUACCACGGCGAAGGGGAAUCGCGGCCUAACUCCCAAAGACAACCGCCUGCGAAUGAAAAGGGACUUGGGCAACCUGUCAAUUGGCCAUAAUGCCGACAUUGAAAAUUUACUAUUUGGAGCCUGUCACCGCGGUAGAGACGGGCGUGACGGACGAGACGGCUUUCAGGGGCCAGCUGGACCAACGGGCCCGCAAGGAAUCAAAGGCGAGCCGGGCAUACCAGGCUCCGUGGGGCAUCGUGGACCACCCGGGAAAUCCGGGCCAAGAGGGCCGAAGGGAGACCCAGCACCACACGACUACCGCAACGGAAGAGUGUCGCAGGGCGAAAUCUACAUCAGAUGGGGGCGCACUGUCUGUCCAGACCACGCGGGCACAGAACUGGUGUACUCUGGUUUUGCGGCUGGUUCGCAUUACAUUCAUAAGGGUGGCUCAGUGGAUUUCUUCUGUUUGCCUACCGACCCCGACUGGGCAGCCUCCUACGACGACGGUUGGAAUUCACAAUCAUACCUGUAUGGGAUGGAGUACGAGGUUUCCAACUUCGACCCGUUCUCUCACGAGAAUGCCAGGGUUCUGCAUGAUCACGACGUGCCAUGCGCCUUGUGUCGCCUCGUCGACCGGGGAACCCAGCUGCUUUUCCCGGCCAAGCUCGGCUGUCCGGCGAACUGGACAGAGGAGUACAGGGGUUUCCUCAUGUCCGGACACCACAGCCACGAGCAGCAGUCCGAGGCCGUGUGCGUGGACCACGCUCCGGAGGUCAUCUCCGGCAGCCACGCUAACCGUGAUGGCGCGCUGCUUUACAUCGUGGAAGGGGCCUGCGGGGCCCUUAAAUGUCCCCCUUACAUCAGCGGGCGUGAAAUAACGUGCACCGUGUGUAGUACCUAAUUGGAGGCCUGUUAUCAGAUACACCGUAUAUUUGACCAAAAUAAAAUAAAAUAAAAUAAAAGGCUCGGAAAAGUUCAUACUUUCCUGAACUGAGUGAAAUCUGCUUGGAUUUAUCAUGUGAUGUUGACAGCCUGGAUUUAUCACGUGGUGUCUCAGACCUUUUAUCGGCACAGCGACUCAGAGGAUUGAUUUCCGCGUGCUAAUACUUUAUGACAAUUUUUUCCAAUGCAUUAGUUUCAUUUUGACUCCAAAUUUAUGAAAAUUGGACGUGGCGUUCUCUCUCAGUGAAGAAUUUUAGGAGGCAGGGUGAAGUGUGAUGUGAAAUUUACCAUUGAUUUUGUACAUGUACAAAGAAGUACAUGUACAUCGUACAAAGGACAGUGGUUUCCUUUGUCAGGAAGUCUCUUGCAUGGGGAGGGUCUAGUAAUAAGUGUAUAAUUUAAGUUUUGCAUAUUACUGAAUACAGCUCAUGGCAUCUCUGGUUUCAUUUCCACUGAAUAUACAAUCCAUACAGCAUCUUUGAUGUGAAAAAUGCAAUAAAAACGCCCGACAAUCGAAAGACGAUAAAAACAUAGGUAUCAUGAAUAAUUAAUGAGUCAUAAUUAUGCAACAUCCUAAUUAAUUUACAUAUAAUUUCACACAGAUGAUUAAUAUGUAUGUCUCUAUGACACUGCCAAAUUUCAUUGAAAUACGUCAUCGUAAGGUCGAGAUCGGGGGGGGGGGGUGAGAAUCUCUCCCCCACCCCGGUUGUGACAAGGCCAAAACAACCCGGCUCUUUGAGGGCUAAAAGUGCUGAGCAGCUAUUAAACUAAAUAAGACUUGAGGCUAUGCAUGGCGAAAGUACUAACUAUGUGAAGUUUGCGGUGACACCAUGUAAUCAAAU